GCUUGAAUGGAUUGCUCUAUCUGGGAUGGUUAUCUCUGGUGGUUUGAUGGCCCCUUAGGUGGCAAUGUUUAUUUUGUGAUGUCUGGUCUCACACUCACUGAAUAGUGGUGGGAUGUGACUCAGGGCAUUUUGUUUGUUAAAGAAUGUAUUUUAAGUACCAAAGAAAGGUGUCUUUAAUGUCAUAGUAGUGUACAAUAAUGACACCAAGAGGAUUACCGCUGCCUUCGUUCCCCUUAGGAAGUACUGGCGGGUGGCAGGAGGGCGACGCUGCCCCAGUAACCUUUUUGGAACCCCUUUCCCUUCCCACGUGCUUUCGCUUUCUCCCUGAAACGCCCGCAUUUAUGUGGGAAAUACUUGAAAUUCAGCGUAGAACGUGGCGGCAGGGCCUGCUCCGACCGAGGAACCCUCUGUGUGAGUUCCGGGCAGACUGAUGGCAGCGGCUUCACCGCGCCAGCUGCGCCUGCUCGACGCGCGCUGACGUGCGGCGGCCGCCGCGAGGCCGGGCGGGGGGGGGGGGAGCAGGCCGCGCGCGCUCGCGCCCCGCCGCCCGGCCCAGCCCGGUGAUUGGUGCAGGCCCGGACCCGGCGGACGCGAAUGCCAGGCCGCGGCGGCCGCGGCGGCGGGAGAGCUGAGGCCCCACCACCCCCCACCCCUCCCCGGGCCCCGGCCCGCGGCGCGGGGGAGCCGCACAGGUAUUUGUGAAUGAACUUAGCUGAAUAUGGAUCCAGGUGGUGGAAGUCUUGGAUUGCAAACACAAGAGUCCAAAAUGCCUCACACUAUGAUUAUGCAGGAUUUUGUGGCUGGAAUGGCUGGCACUGCUCAUAUCGAUGGAGACCAUAUUGUCGUAUCAGUCCCUGAAGCUGUCCUAGUUUCUGAUGUUGUUACCGAUGAUGGAAUAACUCUUGAUCAUGGCUUAGCAGCUGAAGUUGUUCAAGGACCUGACAUCAUCACUGAAACUGAUGUUGUAACAGAAGGUGUAAUUGUUCCCGACUCUGUUUUGGAAGCUGAUGUUGCUAUUGAAGAAGCGUUAGAUACCAGUGAUCAUGUUUUGACUUCUGAUCUAAUAACAGAAACCGUUAGAGUUCCAGAUCAGGUUUUUGUGGCUGACCUUGUUACGGGUCCUGAUGGACAUCUGGAGCAUGUGGUGCAAGAUUCUGUGUCGGGAGCCAAUUCGCCUACAGUGGUUUCAGAAGAAGUUCUUGUAACGAACUCAGAUUCUGAAGCGGUCAUUCAAGCAGCUGGUACUGUUCCUGGCUCCACAGUGACUAUAAAAACAGAAGACGACGAUGAUGGCAAGAGUACAUCUGAAGACUACUUAAUGAUAUCUUUGGAUGAUGUUGGAGAAAAAUUGGACCAUAUAGGAAGCACUCCCUUAAAAAUCAGUACUGAGGUGACAAAUGAUGAUGUUGCUAAAGAUGAUGGUUUUGGUUCAGAAGUUAUCAAAGUGUACAUAUUUAAAGCUGAAGCUGAAGAUGAUGUCGAAAUAGGUGGGACAGAAAUUGUCACAGAGAGUGACUUUCACAAUGGACAUUCUGUAGCUGGAGUAAUUGAACAAGGAGGUGUUGGUAGAAUGCAGCGAGAAAAAAUGGUUUACAUGGCUGUUAAGGACUCUUCUCAGGAAGAUGAAGAUAUUAGCUGUGCUGAAAUAGCAGAUGAAGUUUAUAUGGAAGUUAUUGUAGGCGAAGAAGAAGCUACAUCACUUCCAGAGACACAGCUUGAAGACUCUGGCGUGAAUAAAACUUUUGUCCCUGUUGCUUGGGCUGCUGCUUACGGAGAUGAAAGAAGGCUACCCAGAAGAUAUGAAGAUGGUCAAGCGGCAGGAAAUAACUUGGAUACACGAUUAGAAAACAAAAACGGUAAUGCAACACAAUACCUGCAGAUUUGUGAUAGCAUUAGCACUAAUAGAGUGCUAAAACAAAAAACCAAGAAAAGGAGGAGAGGAGAGGCCAGGCAAUGGCAAACAGCUGUUAUAAUAGGUCCUGAUGGACAGCCCUUAACAGUUUACCCUUGUCAUAUUUGUGGGAAAAAAUUUAAAUCCAGAGGAUUCUUGAAAAGGCAUAUGAAGAAUCAUCCAGAUCAUAUGAUUAAGAAGAAAUACCAGUGUACAGACUGUGACUUUACAACUAACAAAAAAGUAAGUUUCCACAAUCAUCUGGAAAGCCAUAAACUUAUAAAUAAAGUUGAUAAAACCCAUGAGUUUACAGAAUAUACAAGAAGAUACAGAGAAGCAAGCCCGUUGAGUUCUAAUAAACUAAUACUGAGGGACAAGGAGCCUAAGCUACACAAGUGCAAAUAUUGUGACUAUGAAACUGCAGAGCAGGGACUACUCAAUAGACAUCUGCUUGCAGUUCACAGUAAGAACUUCCCUCACGUGUGUGUGGAGUGUGGGAAAGGAUUCCGUCAUCCAUCAGAGCUGAAAAAGCAUAUGAGGACCCACACUGGGGAAAAGCCAUACCAGUGUCAGCACUGUGUCUUCAGGUGCGCUGAUCAGUCCAAUCUGAAAACUCACAUCAAAACCAAACACGGGACUGAUUUGCCAUUUAAAUGUGAGCACUGUCCCCAGGCGUUCGCAGAUGAAAAAGAACUGCAGCAGCACACAGAAUUAUUCCAAGGGCAUAAGACUCAUCAGUGUCCACAUUGUGACCAUAAGAGCACCAAUUCAAGUGACCUGAAGCGACACAUUAUUUCAGUUCACACAAAGGAUUUUCCCCACAAAUGCGAGCAGACUGAAGAUGAUCAUUCUGACUGUGACAAAGCACACAUCCAUGCCGCCUCAUUUGUCCCCCUUACAGAUGGACCAAAUUAUCAGCGUAUGGACAAUGAAACCUCGCUAAGGAGGAGGACACUGGAAACAAAGCCUAUCAAAGAGAGGAAAAGCCCUGAGACUUAACCCACAGUGUUACAGUUAAUGGAUUGCUGCCUGUUUCAAAUGUUGGCAAUUAAUGAAGGUAAUGAAAUUGAGAGAGAGAAAAUACAGAAGAACACCAGCAGAGAACUCUCAAGGUAAAGCUUCUUCUGAGCUGCCUGUGUAAUGCUUCCACUUAGUCAAGCCCAGCUGAGAUCAUGGCGAAGACCACGUUGCUUCAGGACUGGCUGAAGAACAGACGUUAGUCAUGUCAAGAAAAACUGAAGUCCACGAAAGCCUGGCAUAGCGUGCUCUUCUGAGAGAAGUAACAACGCCUUUUAGAACAUGCCAGAUGUUUUACCCUCCUCUACUCGGGCUGCUCAUGUAAUUGUCUUUUUCUUGGUCAUGUCCCCCACAAAGCUGCUCUCUCAAGGCUCGUUUAUUUGUGCUGCUGUGCCAUACUCCGUCUGCAGCCAGCAUCAUCGGAUUCCAGUGUUCAGAACACGGGGUUGUGAACUGGCCGCAUUGAUCUUUCUCAAGCCUUUACCUUGGUGUUCAGACUUGGCCACGUUACCUUGUGCCCUGCAACAUGAAUAGCUUCUGCAGUCCUAGUUUGUAUUUUCACUUUGAAUCACUCCUUAAAAAGUCUCCACUGUUCUGCCUUUCCUUGGUUAGUCACUGCCCUGUCUCGAUGUACGUUUCAGUAACAGUCUGGAGUCGUUAACGCUGGUGACUCAGGAUCGCUGCCCACCCAAAACACUCCUUCACCUGGGAGCACAACACCGAAGUCCCCACCAACUAACGCCCCAGCACCCUGAUGCCUGGGAGAGACUGCCUUGUGCAGGAGGGCAGAGGCUGGUGUUUGAGCAAUGCUGCUUCUUUUGUUAAAGCAGCCUGUAGAGCUCCGGCUUCCCAGCUGGGCCGCCUGUGCCCGGGAGAACCACCGCAGUUGUUGACGCCACCAGCUGCCAACAGCUUUCCUGUGCAGCGGGAAAUACAGCUUUGUCGGAACCGAGGCCUCAUUCCUGGACCAGCAGUAGCCAACAGGCACGUGGUGCAUACGCCUUGUCCGCGUUAAGACUAAAACUACAGUUCAUCUACACCUCUGUAGAUACGUAUGCACUGUAUACAGCAAUGCAGGGCUCUCCAUCUAAUUCACUCAGAGUCUUUUCUUCCUUUGAAAGUAUUUGAUUUUUCAGGCUUCAACACAUUGAACACUUGAAAACCACCGCUAGAAAGAAAUCUAACCUCAUCCACAUACGAGUCUUUCACGUCCAUUAAUAAACCAGCCAUUUCCAUUAAAGGAACUAAAGCCUGGACUUCACAAUUUAAAUUUCCUCAUAACGGAUUUCCUGUUGACAGGUGAAAACAAAUGGAUGAGGCCACGGCUUACCCCCAAGUCAUCCUGCAAAUGGCAAAGCUCUUCACGUAAAUUUUUGAAAGUGGAAAGCACGAGUCUCAGAGAUUUGUCUGAUGUCACUCUCAUCUAGGAGGGGGAAAAAAAGAGAAUGUAUACUUCUGAUUAAUUAGUGUGCUUUGUUUACAAUACGCUUGACAAUGGGUAGAACAGAAAACUGCUGUGCAACUGAGAAGAACUUUACUCUUACAACUACUACAUUCUUUCAAGUACCCACAGUGUCUGCAAAGAAACACAUUUUCGUGCACUUUGUUACGCAAAUGGCAUAGCUUUUUAAUUACUGCCUUGUAACACACGGUAACAUUUUUAAAAUGGAAGGAACAAGAGAGUAAAGAACUGCAUUUGUACGUUUUUUGAGCGCUCAGAGCUUUGUGACUUAGGCUGAUUUUAAAAAAUAACGAUCCUACCUGAGAUGCCACAGAGGAGUGAGUCACCACCUCUGAGAUCUGUCAAAGCACACUUUCAGCCCAAGGGCAAGAGAAUUUAAUUAAAAUUAAAAUAAAGCGCCAUACAACCCACUCCUCCCUUUAAAGGAAGAAGAUCCCAAAGAUUAAAGGAGUUGACUGGAUGAAAACAAAGGCAGUGCUGCACAACAGCCCAACGCUGCGCUUGGCUUGCGUUCGGUGCGUGUUAACAGCUGUGUACCGAUUCAGGUGUAAAACACUAAUUGUUGCAUCCCAGGAUACAUUUCUAAUACUUAAGAAAAACAGAUUUUGAAAGAACACACAAAAUAAUUCCUCAAGUUUUGACUCAUCUGGAAGGGCUGAAUAUCUAUGCAGAAGAUGGAUUUUUUUUACUGUCUGGACCAAAACGAAACCCUCCUGUCUGUUUCUCUUCCUCUGAUACUUUCCCUUACAAGUUACUGGUUAAAAUGAAAAUGUGUUGAUGAUGCACGCUGAAGAAAGCUACCAGGAUCUCCAUCAAUAUGGUGAUUAGCCCUUGUCGUAUUUUUUAUCCCCACUGGUGCGAUCCUGUGACUGAGGCUUCAAAAAUAACAUUUCUAAUGUAACUCAUCCAUUUGUUUGUUAAUUAAAGUAGAAUUUAAGUUUUGACUUAUAGUUUUGUUGGUUUUAUUGCAAAAUACACUCUAGGAGUAGAUUAAAAGAAGGAAUUAAGUCAAAAUAGUUGAACUUAGACUGAAAGUGUAAGUAAAUCCCCACUCAGCAACUACUUAGUGCUAGACUUUGCUAAAUUCCAUAAGUGUCUUGUACUUCUACAGUGAAGUUCUCCGGGCUCUUAGACUUGAGCUUCUGGGGACACCCAGCACAGGCUUUAUCCGAGCAGUUUGACAGCUGGCUCAGAGUCCUCCGAUAUAAAAACGCACCGCACGUAACUCUCUCCGAGAGGGGGCUGGAGUCUUGAGAACACACUGGAUGUACGCUGACAAAAUCUGGUUCCCCAGAAGAUGUUUUAGCUGCAUUUUUUUUCAGCAUAGGUGUGAGAAUGUAAAAGCAGCCGGCCUUUAAGAAAACAGGAAAUACGUGUUUCAGCUCCUUCCCACAGAGGUGAGCUGAGCCAGCUUCCUGGGACAGCGUUCUGACGUCAGGUCGUGAAGUAGUUUGGUGUUGCUGUCUGUCUCCAUUGUAAAAGAAUCAGAAUAAUUCAGGUUGGAAGGGACUUGGGAGGUCACCUUGUCCAGCUCUCCUGCUUGAAGCAGGCUCAGCCGUGAAGUCAGACCAGGUUGCUCAUUCACAACAUUAUUCAAAUGUAUUUUUUUACCAGGAAGCGACUGUAAGCUGCAGGUCCCGGGUGGGAUCACCGUACCCCUACCUCAGGGAGACCAGACCUAGACACACCUGCUGAGCACCGCGGGUUGGUUUGGGUCCUGUUCUAACACACCUACAUGUCGAACGGUUCUGGAGUUGACAGUGGGAUUCAUGCUACAGCACCGGUUUUAAUGUUCUGUCAAAGGCAGGGGCCAGUUCCAGUCGGCUGUCUUCCAGGCAAUUCAUACAGAGGUCAAGUGUUUUUUCUAAAAAACACACUGCGGAGUAUUGCAGUGCUGAGAAGCAACAAAAGGAACCACCAUUAUCGGAACCGUGCAUUCCUGUCUGCCUCACAGCCAGGCCACCUGGCUGGGGAUUGAGAAGGCAAGUUGGGAUGGUUGGGUAGCUAAAGAAAAGAUCAGAAGAUCAAAAGCCAUAUAUAAAUGGAACCAAAACAGAAAUGGUUUAUGUUUUGUUACUGAAUAUCGUAAGCGUGCCUCAGAACUCAGUGCUAUGUUAGAGGUUUUUAACCAGAGGUUUUCAACCGACUACAUAGAACACUUAGAACUUAGGUCUGGCCUUGUACAAGGCGAGACCUAAGUUCUAAGUGUUCAAUGUAGUUGGCAAUUGAUAGCCAACGCAGCAUUCAGGGAAGCAGCUACUAUUUGCCUUUAGCUUUUAAAGUAAAGCAUUAAUAUACAACACAAACAAAAGGAUGAAAGAUCCGCGCUCUCCUGUAAUUGGUCAAAAGCCCAGAUGUUUUCCAGUGAAACCAGUAAAGCUCAGUUUAAAAUACACAAGUAGUCUAUGGAACCAGCUGCCAAAACAUGUCACUUGGAGC